AUGCUGGCUACAGGCCCCCUCCUUUGCCUCGAGCAGGCCCUGCUCCUGCCCUGCAAGGCCCCACCCUCAAACGGGGUAUGGGGAAGGCCCCACCCUCAAACGGGGUAUGGGGAAGGCCCCACCCUCAAACGGGGUAUGGGGAAGGCCCCACCCUCAAACGGGGUAUGGGGAAGGCCCCACCCUCAAACGGGGUAUGGGGAAGGCCCCACCCUCAAACGGGGUAUGGGGAAGGCCCCACCCUCAAACGGGGUAUGGGGAAGGCCCCACCCUCACACGGGGUAUGGGGAAGGCCCCACCCUCAAACGGGGUAUGGGGAAGGCCCCACCCUCAAACGGGGUAUGGGGAAGGCCCCACCCUCAAACGGGGUAUGGGGAAGGCCCCACCCUCAAACGGGGUAUGGGGCCUCUCCUUUGCCACGAGCAGACUUCGCCCCCGCCCCCUCUGUUCCGACCCCUACUCUCCCUCGCAUAG